AUUCCGAGUAUAUUAAGACAGGAUAUGUUAAUGUUAAUUCACGAAUCUCAUUUGGGUAUUGCAAAAUGUAAAAGUAGAGCUAGGGAAUUAAUGUACUGGCCAGGUAUCAACCAAGAUAUUGAAACUAUGGUUUCCAAAUGCACCAUAUGUGAAAAAUUUCAAAAGUCCCAGUGUAAAGAACCGCUCAUUCCACAUGAGAUACCGAUUCGCCCCUUUCAAAGAAUUGGAAUUGACAUAAUGUACUUUCAUAAUACAGAUUAUUUAGUAUUAAUUGAUUAUUAUUCAAAGUGGGUUGAGACUAUACCUAUUCAGAAUAAGACUGCUACCGAAAUUAUACUUAAGUUAGAAGACAUUUUUUCCAGAUUCGGAAUACCGGAAACUAUUAUUUGUGAUAAUGUCCCAUUUAACAGCCAUGAGUUCAAAAGCUUUGGAAAGGGGUGGGACAUUGAAUUGAUAUUCACAAGUCCAAAUUAUUCACAAAGCAAUGGGAUGGCUGAGAAAGCAGUUGGGAUAUGUAAGUCUAUCUUUAAAAAAGCUUUUGAAGAUAAUCGUAGACCUUCAGUGGGCUUAUUAGAAUACCGUAAUACACCUAUUUCUGGAUUAGGCUUAUCCCCUGCUCAGCUAAUGUUUAACAGGCGGCUGAGAACUAAAUUGCCCAUUACCAGUAAACUUCUUAAUCCUAAACUUUUUAAAGAUAUUGACAUAGAAUUGUUAAGGAGGCAACAGAAGCAGAAACACUAUUACGAUAAAUCUAGUAAAAUCUUGAAAGAACUUAAACAGGGAGAUAAAGUUAUUGUUCAAAAUUUCAAAUCCAAACUAUGGAAACCAGCUACUGUAGUGGGUAAAACUAAAAGUCCUCGUCAAUAUGAAGUCAAAACAAACUCUGGAAGAACUUUAAUAAGAAAUAGGAGAUUUCUAAAAUUGUCUAAAUCAUGCAAUGAACAUUGUGGUAAUACUGCCAGUCAUUAUUAUGAUGAUCUUGAUGAGUCUCCAGAAAAUAAAUGUACGAUCGUUACUAAUACAGUUUCUAGAUCAGGGACUGUGAAUGGACCAGGCAGUAGUCGUAUAAGACGACGACCUCAAUAUUUAAAUGAUUAUGUAUGUGUUUAAUUUACUAUGCUUAAUGGGAUUACUCUUUAUGUAUUGAAUUAAUUUGAUAAAAUUUAAAAAGGGGGGUGUGAUAUUACAACUUCAACUGCACUUGCUGGAUUGAUGUAUACAAG